AUGGCUUCGUCUUUUGAUACUCAAAUUGAAACUACUGUUGUUAAUGAUCUUCAAGGAGUAAAUAUUCGUGAUAGAUUCAAAUCAUUCUUACAAACUUUUAAUGAUGAAAGUGGAGAUUUUCCAUAUAUGAAAGCAAUUACUCAACUUUUAAAUGCUGAGAGAAAUACAGUAUAUGUAAACUUUGAAGAUCUUCAGAGUGCUGAUGAAAAUCUUGCGAGUUGUAUUGCUUCACAAUAUUAUCGUAUGUCCCCAUAUUUAAAUCAAGCUAUUCAUCUCUUGGCAAUUGAACAUUGUGAUGAUUCAAGUAGGCAUCAUUUAGCUAAAAAAGAAAUGUAUUGUUCAAUUUAUAAACUUCCAACAAAGUGUAGGGUUCGUGAACUUAAUGGUGAUAAAGUUGGAGUUCUUGUUAGUAUUGUUGGUCAAAUCAUACGUACUCAUCCCGUUCAUCCAGAACUUUAUAAGGCAACAUUUUCUUGUGAAGACUGUGGAACAAUUAUAAGAAAUGUAGAACAACAGUUUAAAUAUACUCAACCAAAUGCUUUGGAUUCACAAUUUGUUGAUUUCCAGCGAUUAAGAAUUCAAGAAACUCAAGAAGAAUUACCUCGAGGUUCUAUUCCAAGAACUGUCGAUAUAAUAGUAAGGGGGGAACUUGUUGAAACAGCUCAACCUGGUGAUAGAGUUGAAAUCACAGGAACUUUAAUUGUCAUUCCUGAUGUUGCUAUGAUAAGUGCUUCGGGUGUUCGUGCUGAUCCAGGAAAAUCAAUGAGAGGAACCGGUAGAGCAAAUAAUGAUAACGCUGGUGGUUUAACAGGACUGAAAAGCUUAGGUGUUCGUGAUUUGAGUUAUAAGCUUGCUUUCUUAGCAUCAAAUAUUACACAUUCGAAUUCAAUAGCUAAACCUGGAGAGGCUGAUCAUAAGUCACAUGAAGAAUUUUGGGAAUGUUUAACAAAAUCAGAACGUAACAAAUUGAAAGAAAUGUUUGAUAAUCCUAAUAUCGUGGGUCAUCUUACAAGUUCACUUUUUCCAAAUAUUUUUGGUAAUGAACAAAUUAAGCUUGGUGUUUUGCUUAUGUUAUUUGGAGGUGUUCCUAAACGUUCAAGGCAAGAAGGUACUACAUUGAGAGGAGAUAUUAAUGUGUUAUUGGUUGGUGAUCCAUCUACAGCAAAGUCACAAUUUUUAAAAAGAAUUGAAGAAUUUUCUCCACGUGCUAUUUAUACUUCUGGAAAAGCUUCAUCUGCCGCUGGUUUAACUGCUGCAGUUGUUAAAGAUGAAGAAUCUAGUGGUUUUGUCAUUGAAGCUGGUGCUCUCAUGUUAGCUGAUAAUGGUGUAUGUUGUAUUGAUGAAUUUGACAAAAUGGAUCUCAAAGAUCAAGUAGCAAUUCAUGAAGCUAUGGAACAGCAAACUAUUUCCAUUACUAAGGCUGGUGUCAAAGCAACCCUUAACGCAAGGUGUUCGAUACUUGCUGCAGCUAAUCCUAUCUAUGGAAGGUAUAAUAGAUCGAAAAGUUUAAGACAAAAUAUACAACUUUCGGCUCCAAUAUUGUCUCGAUUUGACUUGUUCUUUGUUUUGAUUGAUGAAUGUAAUGAAAUUAUUGAUCAUUCCAUUGCUCGAACUAUUCUUAAUAAUCACAAGAAUUGUAUUGGUAGUUCUCAAGUCAAGACUCCUUACACUUUAGAUGAGAUUAGACUUUACAUCAAUUUUGCUAAAUGUUUCAAUCCUAAGUUGACUGAGGAAGCUGGUGAAGCUUUGGUUGCUGAAUAUAAAGCAUUGAGAAACGAUGACGGAGUUUCAGGAGGACAUUCAUCAUGGCGUAUUACUGUUCGUCAAUUGGAAUCAAUGGUUCGUCUUAGUGAGGCGCUUGCACGUCUUCAUUGUUGUAGUGAAGUUUCAGCGCUUCAUGUUAAGAAAGCUUCUGAACUUUUGAAAGCCUCUAUUAUUCGUGUCAUUCAACCUGAUAUAGCUUUAGAUGAUGGUUUUGACGAUGAUGACGAUGAACUUGUUGACAAAGAGAAUACAACAAAUAGAGUCAAUCUUCCUACAUCAAUUCUCAAAUCACCACCUCGUAAAGAACAAUUAAAAGUUACAUGGGAAACUUACAAACAAAUUUCUGAUAUGUUAGUUCUUCAUUUGACUUCUGAGGAGAAUAAAAAUGAAGAUGUUGAAGAAUAUGAAGGAUUGCGUAAAAGUGAACUUAUUGAAUGGUAUCUUGAAAUGAUUUCUGACGAUUUAGAAACAGAAGAACAGUACAAUCGUCAUAAAAAUAUUUGUGAAAAAAUUGUUGAUCGCCUCAUCACAGACGACGGAGUUUUACUAAAAGUUAAUGAGGAAGAUAUAAGUGAAGACCCCCUAUUAAUUGUCCACCCAAAUGUUGUUGUUGGGAAUGAAUAA